UGUCUGCUUUUGUUUUGUUGUUUUCACUGUUCGAUCGCUCUUCAUUGUGUCCUUCUUAGACUUUCUGCAUUUCCAAUUUUUGAACCGUUUGUUUUUUCUACUUGGUUCUGAUACUCCUUUUGAUACCCUUUUUCCCGUUUGUCUUAAAAAAAAAGUUUGAUCCCCCCCUGGAUAAUGCCCCUCGUUCAGAUGGAGGCGACGACGUCUCACCCCACGAUGGUCUCCAAAGCUCCGUCGUCGGUUCAUCCCACCGAAGCGGAGGUCUGUUCUCUUUUAAAAACUAUUCUCGAAGCACAGACGUCUGACCAGUCGCUGGAUGCCUCCUACGCCCUCACGAAUCUACUCAUCCAGACCGUCGGUGCCAGCGGCCUGCAUGACUAUUGCUUACUCCGCGAGAUUAAAAAGGCAGCGACCGACAAGAAGAGCGGGGCGAAGAGGGAGAGUGCAAUGUUAAUACUGGGUGCUCUGUUCGAGAGGUUUCCAUCCGAACAUCCGCUGAGCGAGGUUAUUUUCUUGAUCGAGGACGGGGGCUUGCUGCAUCUGGCUUUGGACCUGCUUGCGGAUAAAGGUGCUGUGGUGCGGGAAGCCGCGCAGUAUGCCGUCGAUGCCCUAUUUGCAGGUCUGAAGGAAGAGUCCCUGGUAGCUGCUUUGCUCCCCGCGCUGUCGAGGUAUCUCGGUAAGCCUACCGGCAAGUGGCAGGGUACGGUGGGCGCAUAUAAGCUGGUGGAGAAGAUGGCGAACAAGGCGAAGAUUGGCACGGAAACCAAGGAGAAGGAGCAGUUGAAGGAUUUGCUCCGUGAGUCCAUGGGGAAAACAUUAAAGGACCUCAUCCCCAUUGUCGAGUCCGGCAUGCACGAUUUGAAAAAUGAAGUUGCGAAACAGGCCGUGAAGACCAUGUCGGCGCUCACAACGUUGAUCGAUAACGAUGAUGUGACCCCUCGGAUCCCACUCCUGCUUACUUCCAUGGAGAAGCCGUCCGCUCAAACUCUUCAAAAGGCGAUCCACGCUCUCUCGCAGACCACGUUCGUUUCUAUUGUGACGUCUCCCGUGCUUGCCCUCCUUACGCCUCUUCUCGAACGAUCUCUUAAUACACCCUCUACCACUCAGGAGGUGCUCCGACAGACUGUAAUAGUCGUGGAGAAUCUUACCAAACUCGUGCACGACCCUGUCGAGGCGAGAACAUUCUUACCAAAAUUAAAACCUGGUGUGCAACGAGUCAAGGAUGGUGCUUCUCUGCCUGAAGUACGCGAGAUUGCCACACGAGCUAUGGACGUUAUUCAAAAGGCUAUGGGAGAAGAUGGCGUUGCGGCAGGAUCAGUGCCACAGACGACAGUCGACGACGUUCUGAAAGUAUUAGAAGCGCAGGUUAAAGCACAUGGCGGCAUUGUUCGAGCUCAAGACUCGUCCUUUUGGAAUAUUACAAAGACAUAUGUUUCCGAGAUGGUGCGCGACGAUGUAAAUUCCCGUCAGCUAGAUCGCAUACCUCUUUGUGUAAGUCCGUACCUUCGUUCACUAGUGAAGGAAGGCCAGCAGGAUGCGAUAGCGUCUGCGCUCAAAGCCCAUUUUGUCGAGGAAGACCAACGGAAACACGGAAUGUCUGUCCAGGAGGACGAUGGCGAAGUUGAGAUCGUCAAUGCUGAUUUCUCGCUUGGUUAUGGUGGCCGACUUCUUCUUUCACAUGCGAACCUACGCUUAUUGAAGGGCCAUCGAUACGGUUUGUGCGGAAGAAACGGUGUUGGAAAAUCUACUCUCAUGCGCAGUAUCUCGGAGGGUAAAUUGGAAGGUUUUCCUUCCAAGGAUGUCCUCAGAACUUGCUUCGUCGAACACAACCAAGGCGAAGACGCCAAUCAGACCGUGUUGGAAUUCCUGGUCAAUGACCCUGAGAUCGCUGGGGCCGGCCGCGACACGAUAUCGGAGGCGCUCAACGAAGUCGGUUUCAACCCACAACCCGGCGGACGACAGCAUCAAGCGGUGAAUUCACUCUCUGGUGGAUGGAAGAUGAAGCUGGCUCUUGCACGUGCCAUGAUCAUGAAGGCUGAUGUUCUCCUGCUCGACGAACCGACUAACCAUCUGGAUGUUGCCAACGUGAAGUGGCUUGAAGAAUACUUAAAGAAACAUACAGAUAUUACCAGCUUGAUUGUCAGCCACGACUCUGGAUUCUUGGAUGAAGUCUGCACAGAUAUAUAUCAUUACGAACAAAAGAAGCUGGUUCUUUACAAGGGCAAUCUUGCCGCGUUUGUAAAACUCCGGCCGGAAGCUAAGAGCUAUUACACAUUGUCUUCUACCAAUGCACACUUUAAGUUCCCGCCUCCCGGGAUCCUUGCCGGUGUCAAAUCACAAACUCGCGCCAUCCUCAGAAUGACAAAUGUCUCAUAUACAUAUCCAGGAAACUCCAAGCCCUCGCUUUCCGAUGCAUCCUGUUCCCUCUCUUUGUCAUCCCGUGUUGCAAUCAUCGGUGCCAAUGGUGCGGGAAAGUCAACGCUUAUGAAGUUGCUAACCGGCGAACUCAUCCCGCAAUCCGGUAGAGUCGAAAAACACCCAAAUCUUCGAAUUGGCUAUAUUAAGCAGCACGCUUUGGAGCACGUCGAGAUGCACAUGGAGAAAACUCCUAAUCAAUAUCUACAGUGGCGCUAUGCGAAUGGAGAUGACCGUGAGGUCUUGAUGAAGCAGACACGCGUGCUCACAGAUGAAGAUCGAGCACAGAUGGAGAAGCCGAUAGAUUUGGGAGAUGGAAGGGGCCCACGCCGGGUCGAGUGCUUGAUGGGAAGACAAAAAUAUAAGAAGAGUUUCCAAUACGAAGUGAAAUGGGUUGGGCUUCUCCCCAAGCACAAUGCUCAAAUCUCUCGUGAAACGCUCCUUGAUCUUGGAUUUGCCAAAUUGGUACAGGAAUUCGAUGACCACGAAGCUUCUCGGGAAGGCCUUGGCUACCGCAUCCUUGAACCGAAGGUGAUCUCGAAACAUUUCGAAGACAUCGGACUCGAUCCCGAAAUUGCCAACCACAAUGAAAUCUCCGGUCUCUCCGGCGGCCAAAAGGUCAAGGUCGUGCUUGCAGGAGCUAUGUGGAAUAAUCCCCAUCUCCUCGUCCUCGACGAACCUACUAACUUUUUGGAUCGUGAUUUCCUGGGUGGUCUCGCCGUUGCGAUCCGGGAAUUCAAGGGUGGUGUCGUGAUGAUUUCCCACAACGAAGAAUUCGUUGGCGCUCUCUGCCCUGAGCAGUGGCACGUCGCCAACGGGAAGAUUACCCAUAAAGGCAGCGCGGCUGUUUCUCUUGAUCGGUUCGAAGACAGCUCGCACGCGGCCAGCCCCGCGGCCAGCAGCGCUGUUACUAGCGCCAAUGUAUCGGCCGUGAAUUCUGGCGCUGAAGAUGCCGGCGAAUUGAAAUUCAGAGCGAAGAAGAAGAAGAAGUUGACGAGAGCACAGCUGAAAGAGAGAGAGGUUAGGCGAAGACUCCGACAUAUUGAGUGGUUGAGUAGCCCUAAGGGCACACCUCAUCCACCAGAUACGGAUGACGAGGGAUAGUUUGCUCCCUUUUUAUCUUGCCUUUUUUCUUCUUUUUUUCUUCUUUUUUUCAGCUGUUGUUAUGUGCGGGAAGGAUGAUUUUGCGGAUCUCCUAAAAAGGAGAUUUAAACAGUUUUUCGAUAUCCUUUGAAUACACUAAUUGGUAUAUCUUGUCUCUUUGUGCUUGCUGGUCUCAUGCUUGUCUUUGGACUGUGAAAAUUGGGUUGAUCAUUUGGUUCGUGUGUCAUCAGUUAGUUAUAGCUAGCCUGGGUCCAUGAUUUUGUGCGGAUAUAAAAAAUUCUACAAUGCUUAUCAUCAUGAAAA